AUUCUAUCAUUCUAUAACCUUUUUAAGUUGUCGCCUUACGGCUACGUCUAUCACAGGUAUUAAUUUUUAAACAUCUGGCAAAAUUAUAAAUAGUUUUUUAUAGAGACGUCUUGUGAAUAUAAGUUCGUAACUACGGGUAUAAUAAAAAAUAUUAGCAACUGUCGCGUGGAUUGUCAAAAUUAUAAUAUUUAUUUUGGUCGUACCUUUCGACUUUCGAGAAUUCCAUCAUUCUUGAAUUCUCCAUAAGAUCGAUUACUAGUAAUCAUCAAGAAGGAUGGCUCGAGGACAACAGAAACUUCAGUCGCAAGCUAAAGCUGCUGAGAAAUUAUCCAAAUUAAAAAAACAACAAGGUCACAGUGCAACAGAUCAGAAGAAGGCUGCUCAAAAAGCUCUUGUUCAUGUCUGUGCCAUUUGUAAGGCUCAAAUGCCAGAUCCCAAAACAUACAAACAACAUUUUGAAAACAAGCAUCCUAAAAACGAGCUACCAGAAGACCUGAAGGCGAUUUAAAUGUGAAAUAAAUUAGUUUUCAUCAUGACACCUACAGUUAGUGAAAGAAGAAUAAGAAAGUGUAACUGUUAUAACUUGAUGUAUUUAUCUGUUGGUUCAUAACUGGCAUAUCUACAACUGUAAACGAUAAAUGCAAACAAUCUUUCAUUUAAAUGUACUAAAUUGAGAAAUCAUUCCAUACACAUUAUUCUUUGGAAUAAUAUUGUUGGUGUCAUGGUGGUGAUCCACAAAUUUUUUUAUUUUGAUUUAGUAUCAGCUUUUUUUAUGUUUAAGAAUACCAAAAGUACUGUACUAUUUUACAAUUUGCAUUUGGUUUUACCGUCGAGUUUAUUGUAUGUAUUAACACCGUGUUAAGGUCGAGGCUUCCGAAGACGAUACGAUCGAGCCGCAACGGCAUCUCGACCGCAUCGUCCAGCGCUCUUCAUCUGCACCUGUGUACGGUAUUAUAUUCAAAAUAUACACGUUAUUUAAUUAAA